AUGCAACUAAUAGACAUUGCUGUUUACAUGAUUAUGUCUAUUGAGGCCGAGGUUGCUUCUGGUCCUUAUGCAGGGUCAACUCUGCUAAUCCAAAGAAUACCACAUGUAUCUCAAGAAAUGGAAUUUCUAUUCACAUGCACAUUUACACGCAAAUUAUUUCCUGUCAAGCCAACUUUUACCUUGACGUGCAACAUGGCCCUGGGACAGACUUUUGAACAAAUUGGAAUAUAUCUUCCAACACAAUUCUUCUCGCAUGGUCAGCUGUUUGUCGCAUUAUCAAAAGUUCGAAAGAAGGCUAAUGUAAAAACAUUGGCUGAGAGAAACGGAAAUAGUAUGAUUACUGACAAUUGUAUCUACAAGGAGGAUACUGGAAUGGAAGCACUCC